AUGAGUCGUACUCCUCAAUCACUCCCUGUCGAAAUCUGGAAACGGAUUCACAGCGAUCUAACCAGAAGAGUGGAUGUAGUGACUUGCCUGAGAGUCAACACUACAUUUUUCCACUUCUCAGUCGAGAGUCUGUAUCGCGGAGACUCUCGUCACGCGUUUGCAGGGCCUGGUGCUAACUGGAAGCGUCUCAAGAUGCUAGCUUCCGGACAAGGAAACGCUCCGUUAUACGCCGGACGAGUACGGGAGCUUCUACUCGAAAUCCCCUCUAAUAAAAGAAGUAGCGUAUGGCAACGCGCGCAAGAAAUCUACGCCGACAAAGAGGAAGUCGUCGACACCAUCGCGAAGCUACUACCAUUUAUGGCCCGCGUCACCCAAAUCAUCAUCAAUAGUUGGGUCCGCGAAGACGACGCCAAUAUCGUCGACACGAUACGAAGCCGCCAGAAUUCUAUCUUCUGCAAACACGACGAGCCCCGCGAACUCUGUUUGAGCGCUUUAGAAGAGGUUGAGGUAUGGGGAUCAUGGGAGUGGAGUCGGCUAUGCUGCUGUCGACAAGUAAAAUCCAUCCAAUUCCGCGACCCAAUCAACCGUGCCUUUGCCAAAGCUACCACUUCCUUUUUAUCGACCUAUACCGGCAAUACCAAUUUAGAAUACUUGCAUAUCAAAAUGGGACUCGACGUAUCAGGGCUUGAAAUUUACCAAUGGGAGACAGUUGCUCCCGCUUUACCCAAACUUCGCCAUCUCGAGAUCAUCCACGAAGACAUACCCCUCACUAAUGUUCUGACACUCUUCUCAAACAAACUUUCGUAUUCCCUCUGCUAG